GCCGAGCGAUCCUGAACUAGCUUCACCCGGGCCAGAAAACCGCCUUUGGAAGGCGGAGAUAGGUACUCAAGAUGUUGCAUAAAAUGCAGCCGUGAAGAAUUACCGAAAAAUGAAAUGAAGAUACGUGGAACCGAAAAAGCCUUGAACGCAGCUCUCGCAAGUACAGUCACCGCCCCCACUGAUCCUUUCCGGUGUGUCCUGCAAUCUUCAGCACACCCUCUGGAGUGGACACGUUUACCAGUUCUCUUCAGAGAGCGCCUGGGCCAGGCCGGCAGGGUGUUUCUUCGCACCCCGCAGCCUCCCAGUCAUCUCUUGAAGCAUUUGGAGCGCUAAGUUCAUAUUGUCUCUCCCGUGAACUCCACAAAGGCAGGGGCCGGGAAGUCAUGUUGUCCAUAACCCUGUUGUACACCAUGCUAGCGUCUCCCACGCAGCGAGGUUUCUGCACACAGUUACCCUACUAGUUGUACUGGGUAUCGGGCGAGAGUCUCUAGUGCAGGGAUAUAUGAGGGGCCCCUGCUCAGUUCCUGGACGACUCAGCCUCCUUUAGUAACGUAUCCUGACCAGUGCCUCUUGGUCGCUCCACCUUAGGCAGCAGCAUAGCCCGAGUCCCCGCCCAGUGCGGCCGGGUCCCGGCUUCCACCGCGCGCCGACGCUGGGCUGCCGAGCCAGGGCGGAGCCGGUGGGCUAACUCCUUAGAUUUUGCGGGCCAGGCUUCGUGGUGCUGGGUCCCGGGACGAUGGAGCCCCGGGCGGUUGCGGAUGCAGUGGAGUCUGGAGAGAAAGAUGUGAUUACGGAAGCUCUGAGGAGGUAUAACCAGGAGCACUCGGAGAGCUUCACCUUUGAUGAUGCCCAGCAGGAAGAUAGAAAGAGACUCGCAAAGCUGUUGGUGUCUAUCCUGGAGCAGGGCUUGCCACUUUCACACCGUGUCACCUGGUUGCAGACUAUCCGAAUCCUGUCCCGGGACCGUAGCUGCCUGGUUCCAUUCACCAGCCGCCAGAGCCUGCAUGCACUAGCCUCCUAUGCUGACAUAUCUGCCUCUGAAGGGUCCUCCUCAGAGGCUCCUGACAUGGAUGUCGUGCUUGAGGCCCUCAAGUGCUUGUGCAAUCUUGUUUUCAGCAGCCCUGUGGCACAGGCACUUGCUGCUGAAGCCCACCUGGUAGUGAAACUUACAGAGCGUGUGGGGCUCUAUGGCAAGAAGAGCUUCCCCCAUGAGGUACAGUUCUUUGACCUGCGGCUCCUCUUUUUGCUAACUGCGCUGCGCACUGAUGUUCGCCAGCAGCUGUUUCAGGAGCUGCAUGGUGUUCACUUGUUGACUGACGCACUGGAGUUGACGCUGAGAGUGACCCCUGAAGAGGGCCCCCUUGUAGUCCUUCCUCCCCAAGAGACGGAGCGAAUCAUGGAGAUCCUCAAAGUGCUCUUCAAUAUCACUUUUGACUCCAUCAAGAAGGAGGUAGAGGAGGAAGAUGCUGCUCUUUACCAAUACCUGGGGACCCUUUUGCGGCACUGUGUGAUGAUUGCUGCUGCUGGAGACCGCACAGAGGAGUUCCAUGGCCACACCGUGAAUCUCUUAGGGAAUUUGCCCCUCAAGUGCUUGGAUGUCCUCCUCACCCUGGAUCUACACGAACAUUCUUUGGAGUUCAUGGGAGUGAACAUGGAUGUGAUCAGUGUCCUCCUUGCCUUCCUAGAGAAGCGCUUAAAUCAGACCCAUAGGCUGAAGGAGAGUGUGGCUCCUGUACUAAGCGUGCUGACUGAGUGUGCCCGCAUGCACCGUCCAGCCAGGAAGUUCCUGAAGGCCCAGGUGCUGCCUCCCCUGCGGGAUGUAAGGACUAGGCCUGAGGUGGGAGAGCUACUUCGGAAUAAACUGGUACGGCUCAUGACACACCUGGACACAGAUGUGAAGAGGGUAGCAGCGGAGUUCCUCUUUGUCCUAUGUUCUGAGAGUGUGCCCCGGUUCAUUAAGUACACAGGCUACGGGAAUGCUGCUGGUCUUCUAGCUGCCAAGGGCCUCAUGGCAGGGGGCCGGACUGAGGGGCAGUAUUCGGAGGAUGAGGACACAGACACAGAUGAGUACAAGGAAGCCAAGGCCAGCAUCAACCCAGUGACUGGCAGGGUAGAGGAGAGGCCACCCAACCCUAUGGAGGGCAUGACAGAAGAGCAGAAGGAGCAUGAGGCCAUGAAGCUGGUGAACAUGUUUGACAAGCUCUCCAGGCACCAAGUCAUCCAGCCCAUGGGAAUGAGUCCCCAGGGUCACCUUACAUCCCUGCAAGAUGCCAUGUGUGAGACCAUGGAGGGACAGCUCUCCUCAGACCCAGAUUCUGACCCUGACUGAGGAUGGUGGUUCUGUCCCACCUUCAGAAUUGGUGCUGCUUCCAGAGACAUCCUUGAAUGGAUGGCAGCCUUGGGAAGCCCAGCCCCUCUCCAGCUGGAGUCCCUUUUUCUCUGCCCCAAGUUCUGUUCAUGAUUUGCCUCUAGUCCUAUUUCUUAUCUUGUAGACUGCAGUAGUCUUGUCCUGGGAACUUGACUAUGUUUUCUUCAGAUGAGACUGGCCUGAGUGGACGAUGUGAGUGGAGAAUAUGUGGGGCUGGCACACUGCAUCUCACAGGGGAAGGGAUACAUUAGAAUUUUACCAGUCCACACACUAGGUGCCAAGGUAGGCUGUUGUAUCUCCACCAAAUGGGGCUACUCAUCCUUCCACAUUUCCCUUGGUCCUGUCCCAACCACCUAUUACAGUGUCCAGAUAUCCAUGUUCUCACUGGCUGUGACAGUGUCAAUUGAAGAAUGUCAGUCCUACCCACUGGUCCAGACUAUGAAGGAAAAUGACCCUCAUGAGACCAUAAGAUGCAAUCUUGAGAUUUCCAGGGGUCAUAGAAACAUCUAGAAUAAAGAAGAGUUUUGAGCAA